CUGAAACUCGCCUUCUCUCUCAUAUUUUAGCCCGGCUUCCUUUUAUUUAUUCCCCCCCCCCCCGCGCAACUUAUUUCAUCUCUCUCCGUUCGGGAUUGCACAAAGGAAAGGGAGUUGGUGGUCUGCUCAUAGGGAACUUAACGAACCGUCUCUGAAACAAACGAUGUGGAUAAUGGUGUGGGCGAGUCUCGCUCUUUCUCUUCUAUUCGGGGAAAGGAGGGGGGUAGAGAGAAUGAUGGCGAGGUGGAGUCCCAGAGCGGAAGCUCCUUCACGUUUAGACGAAUUCAAGGAUGAGGGCGAGGGAAAUUGGAGUACCUACGGGACGGGACGAAUGAAUGGAUGUAUGUAUGUAUGGGUUAAGGGGGUGGGGGGGAUGACAUGCCACUGAAAGCGUUGAUUUACAUCGAGGAAAAAGAUGCCCGUGUUAACCCCCUUAUAGGAGAAGAAGGGAGCGGGCUAACAAUGUGAGAUGAGAAAUCCAUUGCGGGGAGAAUACAUACACAUUAUAUCGUUACAUAAACAAAGUUCCAAGAGUUCAACAAGCUA